AUGCCGAGAGGCUGUACAAGACUGGUGAUGCCCCAAGGAGAACUCUACAAAGCUUUGUGCGGCAAUCAUGCGGUGUGGCUUUGUUUUGGUCAGGAUAAGUGCAAAUGUACGCAGGAGACCAAGAACCCAGCGGUGGCGACGAUCGCUCUGACCCUUUUGAUGAUGCUAUCAAAUCGAAUUGAAAACCAGUCUAAAACCAGACAAAUCUAGUAGCAAGUUCCCGCAUGCAGAGCAAGUUUGUAUUUGUAAGCAGUGCCGAAGAAGCUUGUUCUGCAUGUAUUUGUAAGCAUGUUGACAACUCCUGGCUCGCCUGAUAGUUUUCUUGAUUUUAUUUCAUUCCCUCCAAACUAUCAAAGAAGCUUGUACUCGCCUUGUAUUUGUAAGCAUCAACAAGCGCGCCUCCGGUUGGUAGAGCGAUCGGCUACCGAGGCACGUCCGGGGGCGUAGCUACAUCAAUCUCUUGAACACGAAGUGCGAGAAUAGUAACGCGAGGGGGGCUCCAAUUGAAUUUCCCUGCACCAAUAGAACGGGCGGCGUUGUGCCGCUCAAGAUACCUGGCGCGCGAUGCAACCCAGUGCAGACAAUUGAACUGCAGGGACUUUGGGUCGUUUCGAGGGCAGUUACUGGCCCACUUUGGUAGCUUGUAUAGUGCCGGAGAAGUUCAAGUUCGCGCUAAGUUGUUUUGUAAUCUUAGAUGCUGCAGUUCGCGGCCACCCGAGAUCUGUCUGGAAUCAGGGACGUUUUUUUCAAUGUGAUCCCAGCCGUACUUUCCAGGUCAGUCGGAUCAAAAAUGGGACGCGCAUCCUACGGAUUUGCUCCGGUUUCCUGACAAACGGGAAUUCUCGUUUGUGUUUGAUGAAAACAAAGACACUUGGAAGCCAGAAGAAUACGCGCGUACAUUCGAAAGCUACUGUGAUACACUAGCUCCAGACCCGGAGGCAAAGCGCUUUGCGGAGGAGGCUCGCGACAAAAUUUCAAAAGCGCGCAAAGCUGCAGACGCAGAAGUCGGCGCCGAAAAAGAAGAAAAAGAAGAAAAAGAAAAAGAAGAAAAAGAAGAUGAAAAAGAAGAAAAAGAAAAAGAAGAAAAAGAGGAUGGAAAAGAAGCAGAAGAAAAAGAAGAAGAAGAAGGACCCUGGUGCACCGAGACCCCCUGCCCGCUUACCGGCCUAGGCGCAGAAAAAGAAGAAGAAAGAGAAGAAGGCAAAGAGGAAGAAAAAGAAGAACAUCGUGAGAGGAAGGUAAACCCUUCACACGGAAACCACGACUCCAUCACUAACAAACAAAACAAACAAGAAGAAGAAAAAGAAGAAGAAGGACCCGGGCGCCUGACAGCUACCGAAGUGAUGAAAUUCAAAGAGGCAGUCGCACAAGAAAUGGCGCGACUGUUUGAAGUAGCAGGAAACAAGGCGAAGAUUCAGCUACCUCCGCAAGAUACUACGAGUCCAGAAAAGGUGACGUAAGAGUGAAGCCACGGGGUGUGCCUCGUCCUCUCCUAUUGACGUAAACUGCGUUGCCUCGUCCGCUCCUAUUGACGUUGAUUCAAAUUCGUAUUGACGUAAACUGCAUUACCAUUGUCGAUCCUUAACUCGGUUUUGGAGCGUCGACCUGGUGAAAGUGAAACGGACACCAUGACCGUAUUGUCACAAGAAAGAAAACAGACAAGAUACUAAAGGCCCAGCGAUGUAAGCAAGAAGAUGAGUAGAAACUAGAGUUUUAGAUAACACGAAAAACAGUACGUGUACGACAGUAGCUACAAGCAAAAAGCGUAAGACGUGCCCACAGCGACCUGCAGCGUAGAACAAAGAAGUAAGCGACAAGUAAGUGUAAGAUGAGAAACAAAAAAAUUAGUAAAAAACUAAAAGCAGCUCAUUUAGGCUCGGAGCUUUUACUUUACAAAAGCGAAAAACACGACUACGCUUCAACUUUUCAGAACAGCACUACUUUGCAACCUUUCCAUCAAAAUAGCGCCUCCUUCAACUUAAACUUUUUCUUGUGCAAGUUCGUAAACCGGCGAAAGCUUUCUUCAACUUUUCUUUAGCGUUUUGCUUUUUCUCAGGCUCAACAACAGUAACUUUCACAAGCUCGUCCUAGCUUCAGCAACAAAGACGGAUAAAGCACAGCUCCGCCUUUUUUUUACAAGUUUUAGACUUAGCAAGUUUUCACCUUUUCGACUCUUACAACAAAACUUUUUCGCUCUACCAGUUCUGUUUUUCUCAAGAAAGACCCCAACGUGGCUCGGUCUAACUGGUAUUUUCAUUGAAAUAGCUUUAGAACCACGCGAGAAAAGGAACAAACUUCAGACGGAGUCCUCGCAUCCAUUUAAAACAAACAAACAAAACAAGAAGAGAGCAAAUAAGAAUAUAUAAGUGGCAC